CAGAUUUUCCUGAAACUUUUCCAGAGAGUCACUUUCAGCGUGGCUGGGUCACCUUUUCUACGUUACCUCGCUCUUUUUGUGAAGUGCUUCCUAUGCCGUGUUGCUAGCCAUUAUUUCACUGCUGAGCUCCAAGACAGCCUGUUGCCUUGUGCGUUUUCGUUCACUCAUCUUUUCGAGAUACCUUUUCUUUUGCGCCACUACCCCGCGAUUCAAACUGAAAAGAAAAGAAAUAACCACGAAGCCCCACAACUCAGGGGCGUAUACUGGUCUCUUUAAACUAGUCCUGGUUAAAUGUGCGCUUCUGGUCCUCAUGAAUAAAUCCUGGCACGGGUGCUGGAGCACUGAGAAUUAAAGGUCACCUUGUGGGGGUUUAUGGCCCGAUUCUCGUGGGGGGUCGGCUCCUUGUUUUCUUACCUUGCACCUUGCAACUUAUUUGUCUCUUCGAGGUUCUCGAGAACCGUAAUACUUUUACAGAGCUAAACAUUUUGUUCGCAGCCGCCGGAAACUUUCCAGGAAGGUUACAUUCGCUUGUCCUUAACCUCGAGGCUCGCAACAACUUUUGACCGACAGCAGCCUGCUCCACUCCCACGCCUCAGCCAGACGGCAGGAGCGCUGGGCGGGGCAAGAGAGCGCCGCGGCUCGGGCACGGGCAAAGUCACGGCUCCGGGCGUCUGCCAGCAUCAGGCGAGCAAGUCUUCGCGUUGCUCUUCGGCUCUUGUAAGGGCCAGGUCGUCAUUUUAACACGCUUCAAUGCCAAGAGCUGGUAUACGGUAGCAAUAUUUUUACAGCUUCGUAAGACUCAGGAACAGUAUAACGUGUCUGCACAAUAUAAAAACAACUUGACUUACAGGUAAUUCAGAAUGACUUUGGCAAGCGAUAAGCUAUACAAUGACUACCUGCGGAGGAAUAUGGCGCGGUUUGUGUCCAAAGUCAAAGUGAUGAACAUCCUGCCUCAUCUGUCCUGUCUCACUGACUCCGACAAGGAGGAAAUCACAGCCAAGAGGGAGAGCGCGGGUAAUUAUAUUGCCAUGCAGUUGCUUGUGGAUUGCCUCAGGAGAAGAGAAGACUGGCAUGUUUUUUUCAUUAAUGCUCUUGAAGAGGAUAACCACCCAAGUCUCGCUAAAGAGCUCAGGGAUGAGUAUGAGUCUCUUCAGGCCUCCAACUGUGGCGGGGUUGCUCCUCCCCCUCAGUGCUCAGCUGCCACUGUCCCGGAGGACACCAGCCAGGCCCCCGCCGCGCACAGCGACACACCUGCCCAAGUGGACCGGCCCUCUGUCCCUUCCCGUCCUCUCCCUGUCCCUGUCCAGCUGCCGGCUUCCCGCUCGGAGGAGCCCAGCCUGCCCUCAGCGCCUGCGGAAGUCCGGCCCCCCGUCAAAGACAGUCUCUCUCCUGCGCCGGAGAUGGGCACUCCUGCGAGGAGCUCCAGUGCGGCCGAGAUGUACGAAGUCCAUACAAACCUGACCCAGGGCACCCCAGGUCUGGUGAUCCCUCAAGUGAAGACAAGACCAGCUGCCAUCGAUGCCACUACCAUUCCCCUCUUCCCAUCAAGCACUGGGGCUUCGGCCAACCCAUACGAUGGCGAGUUCCUCAGUAAACCUGGGACACUGCAUUCAUUUGUUCAUGCACAGGUUCUUCAUGCUGCAAACGACCAGGUGGAUCAUCCUCCAAUCCCAGAGGAGCCCUUUUCUGUUCCUUCUCAUCAUCUCGAGAGGAGUUCAGGCCACAUCUCCUGCUCUGAAUGUAACCAGUCUGCUGGUGCCCCUGGAAAUGUCUCCAUUAAGGAGCCUUCUCACAACGAGCCUGAAGAGAAUCACUUCUCGUCCUUUGGGGAUAAGAACUUCACCAUAAAUCCGCAAGUCAUCCAGGGUGGAGUUCCACCUCUUUGUAUGCCUCAGGAACCUGAGGUUCCAGGGAAGAACGGGAGUGAAAAUGCGUUAUGGCUGGAUAAUGACCUGGAGGAACGUUCGCCUGUCUCUGAUGUCAGGGAGAAUGAAAUGCAUCUCUCUCAAGUCACCUUUGGCGACAAUUAUGCGGGACACAUCUCCCACACGUCUCUGGAGAGAUCUCCAGAAUCUCUCAGGGGCACCUCAGAGUCUCAGGAGCCAGAGAAGUCGGUAUCCCCUCAGAGACAGGCUCUUGAAAGCCACCUGGGAGACUGGGGUCAUAGUGCCCAUGACCUGCUCGGAAACUACUAUGUUCAAGCAGCGGGGGUUGCUGCUCUGUCUACCCUGGUGGUGUGGGGAUUCAUGAGAAAGUAAUGGUACUUUGAAUAAGAAAAUAACAACACAGGGGGAACCUGAAACAAGAGGGUGCUGCUCAAUUGGAAGAGAUGAUUGCAAAUUGUAGCAUUUAAACUAGCUUUCAGACUGCUAAAUCUGUGAAUUUUCAGGCAUUUUAAUUUGAGAAAAGUACCAGAGGCUAUUUGUUUGUAGCACUAGGAUAUGGGGACAGAAAUCAAAUUGUGAAAGACCCUUGUAGCUACUGCACAGUCUGCACGGUCUGAGUUAUAGAGCCAUAGAGAAUAUUCUGUUGUGCUGUUGACCUUUGUAGGCCACAUCUAUGUCUUACUAAUGUUAAUUUGAAAUAGCUCUCUAAUGACCAUAAGAACAUAUGAAAUGGUUACAAAAAAGAGGAGGCCAUUCAGCCCAGUUAGCCCACUUUAAUUUGUAAUUGGACCUCAUUCAGCUUUUUCUUGAAAGGAGUAGGGAUUGGCUUCAACACGUUCCACACUGCCUUCACCCUUUGGACAGUGAUGUGCUUCCUGAUAAGAACAGGUGGAACAAUGACCAGGAAUCUGUAACUGAACACUUGGCCUUCUUACAGACUGUAACUUACAACACAAAACAGAUUUUUUUGAAGAAGGAUCACACCUGUUUUUUUCAGAAUUUCAGAGGAAAAGCGAAGCUACGCACCAGUUCAAACGCUCUCCCAGUUUGCACUUUCUGGAUAUGAUGGGUCAGGGAUUGCAGACUAUGUGCAGGACCAAGAGAAGGUGGUUCAUCACAUUGACUGGAUCAACAGGAUUUAACAGACAAACAAAAUUGAGAAAUAAUCCCGCAACACAAGAUGUGCGUUUCUCUGGGUGACUACUGUAUGGUUCAGCAUAGGACACUCUUAAAUUAAUAUAAUUUGGGUUGCUCAGCAUAUUUUUUUAUUCCUGUGCAAAUCCAGUAAAUUACUUCACACAAUUCUGAAUACUGAUUUUAUGAUGAAUCUGCACAACUUGGCAAGUAAAAUCUGUUGUAAAUAUAAAAUGGAGUAUUUUAUUUUCUCUGAAUAACAGUGACUUGCAGAUCUUUAAUAAAACAAAAUCCUUCUAAUCAAUUUAUCAUUUACACUGGUGUACAGAACAUACCAGUUAAAAUAUUUUUUGCUACAGAUUUUCAUAAAAUAAACAUACCCUCCUCUGAAAGAUACUGAAAUAUAAAAAAUGUACAUAUAUUAUUUAUAAACUUUUAACAAACUCUUUCUAAAGUCCUGAGGAAUUUUUUAAGAAAUCACAAAAUUUGAGAUGAAAGAUCUUUUUAGGCUUUUUAUUCUUGGUGAUGUUUAUUUGACUGGAUGGUGUUGUGUUUCUAUUCUUCUGAAUCCAUUUACUUCAGAAUAACUCAGUUCUGAAUAGCACACAGGCCUUUUAGACUCUGCUGUUGAACUUCGACUGAGCCCCGUUUUGCCCGGCUGUAUCCAUGGGGACCAGCACUAUCGGGGGUCACGCUUGUGAGGUGUCAGUGUCUUCUGAGAGGAGGGUCACAAGCUCUCGGUCCACUCUGCAGGGUGACCUGAUAUGACCUUCACCUCUUUACGUCACUGCGUGUCUUCCACUCUCACGCAGCGCUGCUGGGUCCUGACUUCUGUGGAUCUUACAUUCGCGAAGUCGCUUUCUUGCCAUUCAGUCUGGCUGACGUUGUCUUCGAGGGAAGAGCACGGAGCAGAGCGGGAUGCAUCCGAGCCGAAGGUCGGUUAAGCACAGCUUUCAAAUCCGCAGUGCAACAGGCCGGGAUAGUGAGACGAGGCUGGCUGGGGAGUGAGCCUCCCCCUGACCUCUGCCCUCUGCCCCCUGCCCAAGUGCCCUCUACCCAGCCUCCGCGUCUCAGCGCGGUCUGGUUUGCGUGUUGUAACCAACGCUUCUGGUCUGUGUCUGUGGUGUGGGGAAUGACAGGCCCAGUGGAUGGAUUCAAGUUGAUUAAAUUAAUUG